AUGAUGCAAGAAAUUGAUACGGGCGAGAAAGCUAAAGAUUUGCAUUAUAACAAUGCUAAUCAAGAUUCCAUCUAUAACGAUGCUAAUCAAGACUCAAUCCAUAACGAUGCUAAUCAAGACUCAAUCCAUAACGAUGCUAAUCAAGAUUCAAUCUAUAACGAUGCUAAUAAAGAUUCAAUCCAUAACGAUGCUAAUAAAGAUUCAAUCCAUAACGAUGCUAAUAAAGAUUCAAUCCAUAACGAUGCUAAUAAAGAUUCAAUCUAUAACGAUGCUAAUAAAGAUUCAAUCUAUAACGAUGCUAAUAAAGAUUCAAUCUAUAACGAUGCUAAUAAAGAUUCAAUCUAUAACGAUGCUAAUCAAGAUUCAAUCUAUAACGAUGCUAAUAAAGAUUCAAUCUAUAACGAUGCUAAUCAGGAUUCAAUCCAUAACGAUGCUAAUAAAGAUUCAAUUUACAUCGAAGCUAAUGGGAAAAUUCAUGAUGAAGAAAAAAAUAUCGAAAAAAAAUUAGUGGAUAAUGACAUAGCUGAAAUGAUAUCAGCUGCCGUUAGUACAGACGAUGAUCCAACUUUGCCUUGUUUGACUUUUCGAUAUUGGGUUUUAAGUACUUUCUUUACGGCAUUGGGUGCUGCUAUAUCGGUAUUCUACCACUUCCGUGUAAAUAACUUGAACUAUUCUAUAUUCUUUGUGAUACUCGCAUCUUAUAUUGCCGGUAAAUGGUUGGAAAAAAUCCUACCGAAUAAGUUAUUUCGUAUUAGAAAUUGGGAAUUUAAUCUAAAUCCAGGCCCUUUUAAUUAUAAAGAACAUGUGUGCAUAGCCGCCGCUGCUGCUGCGGGUGGUUCUAGCGCGUAUGCUGUGGAUAUUCUCUCAAUCCAAGAUUUAUUCUAUAAUACUCGGGUCAAUUUCUUAAUAGGUUUCCUGUUACUAAUUAGCACACAAAUGCUUGGAUAUGGAUUCUCUCUCGUCUAUGCUAGCAUGUACAACACACUACACGGCAAUAUUUCGGAAACAAAUGAUAGAAUUCGUUUUUUUUAUACCGCAUUUUUUGCAAUGUUCACUUGGCAAUUUGUACCAGGAUACAUCUUUCCUUGGCUCAUUAGUGCUGCUUUGUUAUGCCUUAUUGUUCCAAAUAAUAAUGUGGCAAGGAUAUUAGGAAGUUCUCAUAGAGGUGCCGGAAUACUUGAUUUAUCCUUUGAUUGGAACGCUAUUGGUCAAACUUUUCCCCUGUUUACACCAUGGUGGUCUCAAGUAAAUCAUUUCAUUGGUGUUGUUUUAGCAAUAUGGAUUAUUGCUCCAUUAUUGUACUUUAAUAAUGUCUUUGAUGCUCAAAAAUUUCCCUUUUUAUCGUCUCGUUCAUUCGAUAAAGAUGGAAACAUAUAUAAGCAAAGAAGUGUCAUUGAUCGACAAACUGGUGCUCUCAAUGUUACUGCAUACGAAAAUUAUAGUCCUGUAUAUAUAACCGCUCAAUAUGCCGCUUGUUAUUGUUGUUAUUUCAUUCAAAUUACCGCGACCCUUUGUCAUGUGAUACUAUUUCAUGGAAAGGAAAUUUGGAAUCGAUACAAAAAAACUCGUGAGGAGGAAGAGAAAGGUGACAUUCACUGCAAACUGAUGAGUGUCUAUCCAGAAGUACCAAAUUAUUGGUACAUUGCUAUUUUCUUUAUCAUGUUAACAAUUGCAAUUAUUCUUGGCUAUACAACCGAGGCGAAUUUACCUUGGUGGGCUUUAUUACUGUCCGUUUCUAUGGCUAUAAUCAUGUUACUUCCGAUAGGAAUUAUUCAAGCCAUCUCAAAUUGGCACCUUGGUUUAAAUGUUAUAACUGAACUAGUAUGCGGUUUUAUUUUACCCGGCAAUCCCAUUGGAAAUGUAUAUUUUAAAACUUAUGGGCAUAUAUCUUUAACUCAAUGUUUGUUAUUUAUUCAAGAUCUAAAAUUAG